GUUUCUGCCCGACAACUCCCAAAUCUUCUCUUCCUCUUCCUUCUCAAUCCGAUUGUUUUCUGAAACUAGGUUGCGAAUGCGGAUCAAACUUUUUGUAUUUUUGUUCACCCAUUUCCCACUAAAUUUUCAACUAGGAAAAAAAUGAAAAAAAAAAACGCGCCCUGUUUCUUCUGUACAAACAGAAUUGCCGGGGAGGAAGGUCCGGUGGUGGUGACACUUGGCGAGAUCUGCUGCAUCGGUGGUAGCAGUGCCACCUUUUUCUGUCCGCUGUUGAGCUUGUGCUACACGUGGCAUGGUCCUCCCUUCGCUUUGCAGACAGCAUUUUCAACGCAAAAGUUCACCCUUUUUUCUGCUUCCUUUUUCUGUUUGCGAAAUUCGAUGUAGAUUAGAUUUAGAUUAGUCCUAUGUGUCUCUUGCCGGGUUCUUCUUCUCGGGACUCAUGCUUGCAUUGCACCUCUUUGUUCCAGCGAAAAUGUGAGAUUUUGAAGAGAUCUGCCAUUGCAAGGUUCAGUUUCAGCAAGAGCUAAACUCGAUCGGAUUCAGACCGCGAAGCUAAGCUUUGCGAAGGAGGAUGAAGCCGGCGACGUCGGAGUCCGACAUGACGAGCCUCGCGACGUCGUCGCCGUCGCGGUCGCCCAAGGCGGCGGCGGCGGCGUACUACGUCCAGAUCAGCCCGUCGCGCGACUCCCACGACGACGACGGCGACAAGUCGCCGUCGACGCAGGCCACGCCGGUGUACAACAACAGCCCGCUCGACUCGCCGUCGCACCACUCCUCCUCCUUCGGCCGCCACUCCAGGGUCUCCUCCGCCAGCCGCUUCUCCGGCAACCUCCGGUCGGCGUCCGGGAGGAGCAGGCUUGGUGGCGGCGGCGGCCGGAGGCGGUUGGGCGCCAAGGGGUGGCGCGACGUCGACGCCAUCAUCGACGAGGAGGAGGAAGGCGCGUACGACGAGUUUGACGACGACGACGAUGGCGGCUAUGAGCCAUCCAGAUGCUGCGUCCUCGCCUUCCGAUUCUCGCUUCUUGCUCUAGCCUUCACCCUCGUCUGCCUCAUCGUCUGGGGAAUCGCUCGCCAUUACAAACCUGGAGUUCUUGUCAAGAGCUUGACAGUGGGGAACUUUUAUGCCGGAGAAGGUAUAGACCGGACCGGGGUGCCGACAAAGCUGGUGACAAUGAACUGCUCUCUGCAGAUAAAUGUUCACAACCCUUCCACGAUGUUCGGCAUUCAUGUCUCUUCGACAUCGAUUCAGAUCUUGUUCUCGCAAAUCGCGAUCGCCAACGGUCAGUUGGAGAAGUUCUACCAGCCAAGGUCAAGCCAUCAUGUCGCCUCGGCGAUCGUUCAUGGCGAGAAGAUCCCUCUCUAUGGAGCUGGAGAAACAUUCGCCUUGUCGAAUGCUGGAGGUGCUGUGCCACUGACUCUAGACUUGGUGGUAAGAGCUAGAGGGUAUGUGAUUGGUAAGCUUGUGAGGGUGACACACACAAAGCGUGUGAAAUGCCCGGUGGUUAUCGAUUCCGGUAGCUCCAAGCCGAUUAGGUUUAUCCAGAGUGCUUGUAGUUACACCUGAUGCAGUGCCUUGGCCUUCUAUAAUCUCAAUAAGGGCUGUGAUCAUGUACUCCCUCCGUAUCAUAAUAUAAGGGAUUUUAAGUUUUUGCUUGUAACGUUUGACCACUCGUCUUAUUCAAAUUUUUUUGAAAUUAUUAAUUAUUUUAUUUGUGACUUACUUUAUUAUCUAAAAUACUUUAAGCAUAACUUUUCAUUUUUUAUAUUUGCAAAAAAAAUUUGAAUAAGACUAGUGAUCAAACGUUACAUGUAAAAAAUCAAAAUACCUUAUAUUGUGGGACAGAGGGAGUAGAUAUUUAGGUCCUUCAUGACAUGAGCAAACAAGAAAAUAAGCAGUAGUUUUAUCUUCCAAUUUUGCCAUGUUGAUAUCUCUUGCUAACAUAUUGUGAUGUCGUUUUAUCAGUGUUACAUGUCAUUGCGCUUUGCGACAAGUUUUUAUACACUAAUUUAGAAGUUGGUUUUAAACAA